GUGGCAGCAGCAGUGUUCUGGGCCGGCCCGAGUUUCUGUCCCUGAAUGUCCCACUGCGAAACAACAGAGCGUGGAGAAGAUCUGGCCAGUCCAAGACCCAUCAGAAUCAGUAGAACGAGAUCCCGUGUGAAGAAUGUGAAGGAGACAACGAAGCUGCCGGAUGAAGACUGCAUGCUGCUCAACCCGUCCUUCAGAGGCAUCGCCAUCAACUCACUGCUGGCCAUCGACAUCUGCCUGUCCAAGCGCCUGGGUGUUUGCAUCCACACCACGUCCUCAUGGGGGAGCAUGUGCUCAGCGGUCACGCUGCUGGCUCUGACGGGUCACGGCUUCACAUGGAUCUGUGGCACUCUGGUGUGUCUCACUCAGAGUAGCACACUGGCUGGACAAGAGGUCCUGAUCAACCUGCUGAUUGCGCUGAUUCUUGACAUCCUGACUGUUGCCGGGGUUCAGAAACUGGUCCGGCGCAAAGGACCAUGGGACAUAACUCCUGGCUUCCUUGACUGUGUGGCUCUGGACACGUAUUCGUUCCCGGCCGCUCACGCCAGCAGAGCAGCCAUGGUGUCCAAGUUCCUCCUGUCCCAUUUGGUGCUGGCUGUCCUGCUGCGAGUCCUGCUGGUGCUGUGGGCCAUCCUAGUGGGCCUGUCGCGCGUUCUGCUGGGCCAACACCACCUGACAGACAUGGUGUGCUUCACUUUGAGCUUCCUUCACUUCAGUCUGAUGGAGAAAGUGUGGCUAUCGUCUGGAGCCUGUCAGACACUCAUCUCCAUCGGGACCUUCAGCUGGGGCUCUGUCCAUUAG